AUGAAGCCCAUUACAUUUCUCGUGGCUAUAACUACAGUCGCAGUCAUUCUUUCCACCGUCGGGGCAAUGCCCGGUGGGUGGCAGCCGAUAAAGAACACAAACGACGAGCGCGUCAAGAUGGUCGCCCAGUACGCAGUUUACGUGUACAACUUCAAAAAUGAUUACAAAUAUCCGUUGAGACUCGUAAACGUCAGAAGCGGUCAGGUCCAGUUCGUGAACGGCGUGAACUACAGGCUCAUCAUCACCGUGGCUCCGACCUAUGGCCUCGACUCCGAGGGGAUUGUAUACGGAACGGAAGUUUCCGUGAGCCCUAAUCGUAACACUGCGGGGCUAAAAUAUUUCGCACCUAUAAACAAGGGACUAAAUUAA